AGGCAGGUGUGGGACCGACAACCUGUGGUCUAGUAUGGGCUGGAGGUGUUUUUUCGGGGUCUACAUAGCCGUCUGUGUUAGAGCUUUAAAAGGUCGAUUUAAGAGAAUGUAAGAUUUAAGAGAAUGUUAGUUAGCUUACAGUUCAGCAGCGCUUCCCUGCGGGUUUAGUAUUUAAUUACGGUCAUUAGUUUAUACUAAUUACAACACCUGACCCAAAUAAUCAACUAACAACUAACUCAACUAAUCAACUAACUAAUGUUACCUGCCCUCACUGAGGCGACAACCAACCAGAAACACCAAUUUAUUUCACUGCAGAAUAAUGACGGUAAAUGUUAAAACGUGUUACAGCUGGUUCUGGAGUAUCACUGUCCUGUUUUAUUGAUUUUAUGCUGUGACAUGCUCAGCUUUCCUCAUUGAGGGCAGUUUAUUAGUUGGCUCAGUUGUGUGUAAUAUGCUGUAAACAUACUGCCGGGUGUUCACUGGUGUUGCACCAAACAGAGUCCCCUGCUAAUUUCUGCAGCGGCGCUGGCAAGACAGUUCACUCCGCUGUAGCGUUAGCUUAAAGCUAGCAUUUUUCUCAUUACGACUCUUAAACGAUCUCGUAAUUCAGAGGAUCCAGUGAUGUUCAAGAGUAAAAUGUGCACAGAAUAAAACGUACAGGGUUCUGAACAGUUUUAUUUACCACAGAAUGUGACAGAGGCGGGUUUUUAAUAUGCCCAUUCACUUUCCUUAUAGGGGAAAAAACGCUUAGACACAGAAGCCAUACAAGGACUACAAAAUGACACACGACUUCAGUGGUGUAUUGUAUGCAAAGUUACGUCACUUCCUGCCCCAAAGUGGAGCCUCCUCCAGCUGGAGCUCGCCCAGUCGUCUGCAGUCAGACCCGUCUCCAUACAGGACCAGGUGGCUUCCGUAUCACAGUAGUGUUAGGUUUGUUGAACGCUUUUAAUUCAGGCUACUUAAAUAUAUCAGCACGUGUUCCUAAGUAAAAGUGUACCUCAGGGGACACAAUCCACGACAGGCGCUACAGCUGAGGAACAGAAAGUUCCGUAAAGAGAAGAAGAGCGAAGAAGAGUGAGGAACUUCUCUUCUGAAGAAUCCCAUCCUGUUGCAAGUCUUCUGCUGCUCCUGCUGUGCACUUUUCUUACACAGUUCAAAUCUCUCAAAGUUUUCCUCAGAAUAGAGAAACUCUGGGAAAAUGUUGUCCAUAAGCUCCACUACUCAGAAUACAUCCUCUAUUCCUCUGCAAAAUAACUCAUCACUCAGACAACCUCAAAAACCUAAAGGAAAAGAGAGAAUUCACCCCUGCCCAGAGUGUGGGAGGAGCUGUCCUUCACCUAGCGCUCUCCUAAGACACCAACGCGUUCACACAGGAGAGAAACCCCAUCAGUGCUCAGAAUGUGAACGCAGUUUCAAUCGACACAAUACUCUCCAAAGACACCUACGCAUUCACACAGGAGAGAAACCGUUUCAGUGCUCAGAAUGUGGACGCAGUUUUAAUCGAAAGUCAAGUCUUCAAAUUCACCAGCGCAUUCACACAGGAGAGAAACCCUAUCAGUGCUUAAAGUGUGAAAAGAGUUUUACAACCCAGGGUUACCUCCAGAUCCACCAGCUCAUUCACACAGGAGAGAAACCAUUUCAGUGCACAGAAUGUGGACAGAGUUUUAAUAGAAAUACUAGUCUCCAAAUACACCGGCGCAUUCACACAGGAGAGAAACCGUUUCAGUGCUCAGACUGUGGACAGAGUUUUAAAGAGAGUGGUGUUCUAAGAAAACACCAGCAUAUUCACACACAAAUGAAACCGUAUUAUUGUUCAGACUGUGAAAAGAGGUUUUCUAAUAAGAGUUCACUUGAAAUUCACCAGCGAAUUCACACAGGAGAGAAACCAUAUGAGUGCUCAGAAUGUGGACAGAGUUUUAGAACGAACAGUUCCCUUAAAUAUCACCAGCGCAUUCAUAAAGCUGUGAAACCAUAUUAUUGUUUUCAUUGUGAAAAGGGUUUUUUGACACAGAGCACACUCGAAUCACACCAGCGUGUUCACACAGGAAAUACAUCUUUAUUAAAAUAAAAUAAAGAAAGAAAACUAAAAUAAAGAAAACACUGGCUAUAUAUUCACUAUUUGCUACAAUUACUGGGUAGGUAGAGAACUAUAAAUGUUUUUGUCAUCUGACGUCAUGACCAACAUUCAACCUGAAAUGAACGUCUGUUGACGUUAGUGGCCAACUGGGUAAGGUCAUAAUAAACAAAUUUCUUAGGCUGAGGAUUGUGAUAUGGAUUGAGGACUAUAUGUUCUGUGUGUUUGUCCAUCCAUCCAUCCCAUUGUUCUAUCCUAUCUCAUUAAUAAAUUUUUUUCUUUCUACGCAUUACUUCAUUGUGAAAUCAGCUGUAGUCUGUUCACCCUGCUGUGUUUUAAUAGAAACCCGCAACAGUCUGUGAGUUACCUUCCAGUAAGUUUAUCCUGCAAAAGUUUAGAAAUACAUACUUAAACUAUGUCUGAGAACUGGGGUAGUUAGUCAAGUCAAGGUCAUCUUCAAAAGUAUUGUUUGAUAUAUAUAAUGGAAGACAUAUGUAUUCAGUGCAGUGUAGUGCAUCACUUUAUAAGGGAUAUUCUGAUAGUGGGGGUCAGGAAAGGGGUUUUGGCAAAUUCAGCAGCAGCAGAUUGGAGUCAUGUGAUUAUCCUAGAGUCCAACUCUGUUGUUGUUGUACCACUUGAACUAUUUCAAACAAGACUAUAAUCUAACAUAUAAUCUAUUUAAAAACAGAUCCAUAAUAAAAUAUUUAAUUGUUUUUUUUUUUUAAAUGUCCAUUGCAUUGUGUUAGAAAUUCGGCCUUCAGAAAUCAGAAGUGAGAUUCAGGAGACAGCUUGAGAGCUGACUUUGAGGUAAUUCUCCUGCAGACAGAAAAUCUACGUGUUAAACAAAGGAGAAGUAUGUGGGAGAUAAAGGUGAGAGACUAGGAGAUUAGGGAGGAGUAUGUGGGGGGUGCCAUCAUUGGAGGUUGAUAGUCAUCAGAUGUUCAUCACCUUGGUUUGGAUUUCAAAUUACCAUAAAAACAAAGGAGGUAAUGUUGACUAUCUGCAGAGGUAGACGACCAUCAGCUCCCUUCUGCAAUGUUAUCAGUGUAAAGGGGAAUAGGGGGGUUAGGGAGUAAGUCAGUUUAAAAGUACAAUUUGUUGUUGACAAAAUCUCUCAAUUGGAAGCCUGUGCUUAACAUUAUUUAUAAUUUCAUAUUUGGCCUUUUUUAUUUCACAGGUUAUCCCUAAACAGUAAAAUAAGCUAUUUAAAAUUAUUAAAAAAUGUAAACUUUUUCAUGGUCUAUU